AUGGACAGCCCCGCGGCCCGCGAGCCCCGGGGCGCUGAGCCCCCGCGGUCGCUCCCCGCGACCCCCGCGGAGCCCCCGGCCGCGCCCCGCGCGCGCCCGCGCCUCGUCUUCCGCACGCAGCUGGCGCACGGCAGCCCGACGGGCAAGAUCGAAGGCUUCACCAAUGUCCGCGAGCUCUACGCCAAGAUCGCCGAGGCCUUCGGCAUCGCGCCCACCGAGAUCUUGUUCUGCACCCUCAACAGCCACAAGGUGGACAUGCAGAAGCUGCUGGGCGGCCAGAUCGGCCUGGAGGACUUCAUCUUCGCGCACGUGCGCGGCGAGACCAAGGAGGUGGAGGUUACCAAGACAGAGGACGCGCUGGGGCUGACCAUCACGGACAACGGAGCCGGCUAUGCCUUCAUCAAGAGGAUCAAAGAGGGGAGCAUCAUCAACCGGAUCGAGGCAGUGUGCGUGGGGGACAGCAUCGAGGCCAUCAACGACCACUCCAUCGUGGGCUGCCGCCACUAUGAGGUGGCCAAGAUGCUGCGGGAGCUGCCCAAGGCCCAGCCCUUCACGCUGCGCCUGGUGCAGCCCAAGAGAGCCUUCGAUAUGAUCGGCCAGAGAGGCCGUAGCAGCAAGUGUCCGCUGGAGUCCAAAGUGAGCAGUGGGAGAGAAACUCUGCGGCUGCGCGCAGGGGGCGCUGCCACUGUGGAGGAGGCGCCCAGUGACUUUGAGGAGGAGGCCUCUGGGAAGGUGGAUGACCUGCUGGAGAGUUACAUGGGCAUUCGGGACCCCGAGCUGGCGUCCACCAUGGUGGAGACGUCCAAGAAGACGGCGAGCGUACAGGAGUUUGCUCGCUGUUUGGACUCCGUCUUGGGCGAGUUUGCCUUCCCGGACGAGUUUGUGGUGGAGGUGUGGGCCGCCAUCGGCGAGGCCAGGGAGGCCUGUGGCUAGUGUGCCCGGUGGCCGAGCGCAGCCCCAGUCCAGAGCCCAGCCCCCUGCCCCAGCCCUGCUCCAGAGCCCAGCUGUCCAGCCUCCCACCAGGCGCCGCAAGCAAGCCCAGGCCUGGAGGCCAGCCAGACCCUGGGACCAAGCCCUGCUCCAGAACUCAAGCCAGCCCUGAGACCAAGCCCUGCUCUAGAGCCCAGCCCAGCGCUCGCACCAGAUCCAGCUCUAGAACCGAACUCAGCUCUGAGACCAAAUCCAGCUCCAGAACUGAAGCCAGCUCUGAGACCAAACCCAGCUUCAAAGCCCAACUUAGCUCUGACACCAGAUCCAGCUCUGGAACUGAGUUCAACUCUGAGAACAAGCCUAGAUCUGGAGCCCAGCACGUCUCUGAGUCCAAGUCAUGCUCCAGAACUCAAGCUAGCCCUGAAACCAAACCCAGUUAUAGAGCUCAGCUCAGCUCUGAAACUAAACCCAGAUCCAGAACCCAGAGCAGCUCUCACACCAGUUCCAGCUCCAGAAUUGAGCUCAGCCCUGAGACCAAACCCAAUACCAGAACCCAGCUCAGCUCCGAGACCAAGCCCUACUCCAGAACUCAAGCCAGCUCUGAGAUCAAACCCAUCUCUAGAACCCAACUCAGCUCUGAGACCAAAACCAGCUCCAGAAUCCAGCAUAUCUCUGAGACCAAACACAGCUUGAGAAUUGAACUCAGCUCUGAGACCAAACCCUGUUCUAGAGCCCAGCUCAGCUCUGAGACCAAAUCUAGCUCCAAAAACCAGCCCAGCUCUGACACUCAAUGUAGCUCUAGAACUGAGCCCAGCUUUGAGAGCAAGCCCAGAUCUGGAACCCAGUUCAGCUCCGAGACCAAGCCCAGCUCUAGAAUUGAGCUCAGUUCUGAGUUUAAGUCUUGUUCCAAAACUCGGCUUAGCUCAGAGACCAAAUCCGAGAUCAAGCCCUGCUCCAGAACUCAAGCCAGCACUGAGACUCAACCCAGCUCCAAACCCCAAUUCAGCUCUGUGAGUAAGUCCCCCUCUAGAACCCAGCCAAGUGCUCACAUGAAGUUGAGUUCCGGAACCCAGACGACUCCAGAGAUGACACCCAGUUCUAGAACCCAGUCCAGCUGCAACACCAAGCUCAGCCAUCAAACUCAACCUGACUCUGGACUUGCAGAUCCCUCCACGGGCCCCCUGGAUAUCCAGCUAAGCCCUGCACAAGCCCUUAGCUUUGGAACCCACGUGCGAGUUAAGAAACAGCUCAGCUCAGGCGCUCUAGCCAGCUCCGGAUUCAAAGAUGGCUCUCAGGCUCACCUGUAUUCCAGAAGUGAGAGCAGCUCAGGAAGCCAGCCCCUCCUUGCUGCCCGGCACCAAUCCACACUCCAGUCUGGUGCCAGAACUCCACUGCUUCCAAGCAUGUCCCCCCACGAUGCAUCCCAGACCCACUCCAGUGAUGGGGCCAGCUCUGAGACGGAGCCCAGCUCUAGAAUCCAACUUUCUGCUACCUCCAGGCCCACCACCACACUCCACACCAGUUCUGGAACUCCAUCCAGCCCUGAAGCCAAGCUCAGCUCCAGAGCGCGGCCUGGUGCUGAGUCUCCCUUGCCCUGCAGACUGCACACAGGCUACCACCGAACAUGGUCCACCUCUGGGACCCAGACCGACUUGGCCUGGGCACCAUCUAGAGUCCAGGCUAGCUCAGGUGUCCUUCCCCGCUCCAGAGCCCAGCCCAGCUCUGAAACAUGGCCAGCUGAGACCAGGGCAAGUUCUGGAGUGCAGCUAAGCGCUGGGCCUCAGCCUCGUUCUGGGGUGCAGGCCCCUGCAGUGGCAGAGCCACGCCCCAGAGCCCUGGUUAGUUCUGAAGGGCCACCUGAUGCCAGAACCCAGCACUGCCCAGGAACCUGGCCAGCCUCUGCAGUUCAGCUCCAUUCAAAGCCCCGGGCAAGUUCCCAUGGCCAGAGCCAGCGCAACGCCCAAGCCAGCUCUGGGCCUCCGUCAGGCUUGGGGAAGCAGGUCGGCUCUGAAAUUCUUUUGAGUUCCAGCACUGAGCCGAUAUCUGGAGCCCAGCUCAGCUCCAGAAUUACUAUUGGCUUUGACAACCAGUCUAGCAUGGAGACUCAGCCCAGCACCUCUCAAGCCCAGAUCAGCUCCACACCCCUUGAGGAUUCCAAAACCCAGUUCUGCUCCAGAACCCAGGUCAGUUCUGUAAACAGGCUCCAUUCUCCAACUCCAAACCUUGACCCAAGAUCCCAGCUGGAUCCCCUGGCUCCAGCCUGGCCUCAGGCCCUGGCCCCAGUCUCUAGAGCCCCAACUCCCACCCCUAACAAAGCCCCUGUGCCUCAGCCUCAAUCCCAAGGAGUCCAGGCUAGCUCAGGCCCCAGACAAGGCUCCCCAGCCUCCUACCUGGCCCCCCAGCCACGAGGCCGACCCACCCCAUGGAAGCCAGCCCUUUCUCCAAAACCUCAGUUGGGACCCCAGAAGUUCACCCAACCUGCCCUAUCUGUGUCUCCUUGUCCAGGCCCCAGGGGAGCUAUCUUUUCCUCCCAGCCCCCCAUGUCCCCAGCUCAGGACCCUGGCCCCUCCCUCACUGUGGGGA